UUGUCUCAUUGUCAAAUGGAAGGUGUGGAAUGCCCUUGGAAAAAUGUAGACGUAGAGAGUAUUAGAUGGAGGUAUCCUUCAUCUGAUACAGAAAACCUUCGCUAUUCUGUAUUCAGAGAUCUGUGGGAGAAAGACUAUUAUAUAACUGGAGGUUCAAAAUUUGGAGGUGAUUUUCUCGCCUAUGAAGGUGAUCCUCUGAAAUAUCAUGCUUUAUAUAUUGUGAUCUGUAUAACUAAUACAACUGAAUUUCAAGCUACUGAUAUUGUUACAUAUGGCAGACUAGGCCAUCAAGUGAAGAAAACUGUUGUAUUAGCAUCAUUAAAUGAAGCUGGAAAUAUUGUGUAUAUAUCUUUAAAUUGGGCUCCUGAAAUUGCCUAACUGUAUAAUAAUUUCAUGAAUUGAAUAAUUGUGGUUUAUAAAUAAAAAAUUGUGUGUGUAUUACAAAGAA